CCUUACCAGCUGUAGGGGCUGAGCUUACAGUGCCUCUCACGAUCACGGCUGGAAGCGACGGACCGGGAGCAGCCGCUCUUUGAUGUGCGUCUCUCUCUCGCCUUCCCUUGGAUGUAUCGUGUCAGUUCUUCCAUUCACGAUAAAGGGAAACUACAAAACAGGAACAUGUCUAAUGCACGCAUAAAACGAAAGUGUAUAACAUUUCAAAUUCUGAUUUAUAGAAACCUGACUAUCACGGGCAAAGGCUACGGGAACAUGAGUCUCUAGAUAAAUAAAUGUAAAAGUAUUUUCCGUGAAACAUCGUAUGCCAACAAAUUCCUGCCAGGGGCAGGGGUGUGUACGAUGAAGCAUUUAAUCGUAGUGUGCCAGCUGGCAAUACUGACUAAAGUCCUAUACUGCCAUCAUUUCGAGAAAUUUGACGCCCCUACUUCGCCCAUUGAAAAUGUAGCUCAGCUUGUGAUGUCCCUUCAGCAGGAGGUGUCCAAUGUCCGGAGGGAACUGCGGAAUCGAAUGGACACCAUGAAGUACGAGCUGACUUGUGAAAUUCGCAACAUCAAGGAUGCACUCACUAAACAAAAGGGAGAGCUCAGUGCCAAGGUAGAUGCCCUCAGUCUCGAACUAACAGCUUACAGGAAAAGGUUGAAGAGAGGGCUCAAACGCAUUGGGAUGCAAAACGAUGACCUCAAAGGCGAACUGCGAUUGCAGAAGGCCGAGCUGACAGCAGUGAAAGGCAACGUCCACGACACUCGGGUGCAAGUCAUCGACAGAGGGAACUUGUUGCUGCAGAAGGUGAACACCACGAACAACUCGUUGGUCUGCCACCUCACUGACUUACGAAUUAAGUUAUUCAAAAUAAACAACAACCUCGAAUUCAUCUCCAAUGAACACAAGGAACUCAGGGAAAUUAUUACCAGACGCUAUCACCAGCCCAAGACUUACAACAGUGAAGACUACGGAGAACGGGUCCUACCCGGCUGCACUUACACCCCCUUAGACACACUGGAUUCCGAUUAUCACUUUAAUGGUACAUACAAUGCAUCUUUGACACGGGGACCUAAGGGCCAACCUGGGAUUGGGGUUACGGAAAAAAGUUGGGACAAAGAAGGCGUCACCGACAUCAAGAGUCUCUUUCCCACGAUGCCCGAAGACUGUAAAGAUGACAAGAAGAAAUACUUGGAGUAUGCACCAAUACCUCGUGACUGCAAACAUGGCUUUGAUCUUGGUUUCAUGGAGGAUGGCGUCUAUCGCAUUCAGCCUCCAGGACUCUCCUCUCGGGAGGUUUACUGUGACCAUCAUACUGCAGGGGGCGGCUGGACGGUUAUGGUGGCCCGGCGCAAGAUGCCCAGACAUAUUCUCUUCAAUCGCACUUGGCACGAGUACGAGGUGGGCUUCGGUGAUCCUGAUAAGGAAUACUGGAUAGGGUUGAAGGCUCUGCAUGCACUGACUGAGGGACGGCCACAUCAACUGAGAGCCGAUAUGGAAGACUGGGAAGGAAGUACAGCUUGGGCAUCGUACUCCUUCUUCUCUGUGGCAGGACCAGAGGACAAGUACCGGAUGAAGGUGACAGGAUACACGGGGACAGCGGGGGACAGUCUGCGUCACUCCAAUAUGCAGAUGUUCUCAACCCUGGACAGAGACAACGACCAAGAAAACUGUGAAAGCAAGGGCAACUGUACAUCUAUGUUUCCAGGGGGUAGCUGCACAAAAGGUCGUGGGGGAGGCGGCUGGUGGUGGGGACGGUGCGCGUGCGCACAGCCGACUGGCCAAUACCGACGAGGACGCUACCAAGGACCCGAAACUGGUAUCACAUGGUGGCACUGGAAGGACUCAAACUACUCCCUCAAGACCCUCAUUAUUAAGAUACGACCACUGGAAUGAUAUGAUGAUGAACGUCUGACACCUCCACACCACGUGAAGUUGCCCUUGAUGUCUCCCGUGAAGGCGGCUGACCUGCAGUUGCAGUUGCAGUCCCUCCUGGGAUUCAACCAAGGAAGUAGUAGUAGUACCAGCAACUUGGAAACCCAUCUGAUUCUGUCUCUCCUCAUGUGUUCCUUCUUCCCAGUUUUCUUUCCACGAGCUAUGGUGUGAUUUUCAUCAGUCUCUUUCUGCAGGAAAAGGUAGUCUCCACUGUUACCCAGACCCCUUUGGCAUGGGAGAUUCUUCAAUCCUUCUUCCAAAAAGAAUCUUCCAGUCUUAUAAAACUGCUUCCCAAAUAAACACGGAUCAUAUUCUCACACAUGUAGGUGCUGAAUGUUCAACUUCAACGCAAGUUCCUUUUACUUGUGCUAUAGUUUGUAGGAAUUGCAUUUCAUGGCUCCUUCGCCACCAAAAGAAUGUCACAAUUCAAACUCAUAGCCAUUUGGUAAAAAUGACAAAAAAACUAUAAAUAUUAAGAAUUGGUAUCAGCCUAAAGGAAUAUACAAUAUUCCGUAUUCUCGUCCUACUUCCGUCUAAUGUGAUGUCUAAAAAUUAGGUGUUUCAAGUUCCUCGAUAAUAAAUUAGUUAUUAAAUCUAUUUAAAACAAAACGCAAUAAAUCAUUAUUCAGUUUUAAAAAGGUCAUCCUAUAUAUUUUGAUAUAGAGUUAAUAGACCACUAUGCAUAAAUGAAAAUACAAACAGUUCCAGAUCACUUUCAACACAUCCACACUCGUACACUCUUGCACAAACAAAAUACUACUCUUACAAUAGUGUCAAUUAGAAUUAAAAAUACUAAGCAGGUUUAACAUAGGCUUGUCAUUCUAAAUGUCAAUGUGUUCAUCUUCGUGAUAAUAAAUGUACUAGAUUACUAUAUAACAGAUGCAUGUUAACAGUUAGCACACUGAAUGGCUAUAAUUAUUAUUAUUAUUAGUAGUAGUAGUAUAAUAAGUUACAAAGCAAAGAAACUUUUCGGUUGAAAAUAGCUUCCUGAUAAGCCUUCGGACAAGCAUCCCUAUUGCUAUUAGUAUUCUGAUUUUCCAUUCAUUACAUUAGGCAAAAAACAUUAUUAUUACUUAUUAUUAUUAUUAUUAUUAUGUCGUGAGCCAUACAGCAACGCACUGGAGAAAAACAGUAUUAUUCUCACAAUAUCUUGAAAGGGUUGGCGUAUACAACCAAGUUCGAUGCUUAUCUAUGUGCAUCGAACAAAUCCUACAUCCUAAACAUCCAGACAUAGCUAUGACUCACGGCAACUUUCAAUGAAAACCUGCUUGAACUCCCUCCAGUAUUAUUUCGAAAAUACAGCACAUUCAGUUAAUAAGGGAGAAGGCGUAUUCCAUUACGGUAUGUAUAUAUAGCUUAAAAGUUCAAUAUCCACAGCACGUCCUGGUAUUAUCAGUUAGUUGUUUACUUUUCGAAGGGAUGUCCCCAUACUACAGUAAAGCAUCUCAUAAACUCAUAUCGACAACUGAUCUCAUUCGUGUCAUAAAUAGAUUGAAAACAAGUCAACAACCACAAUGGCGAAGGAACCUUUGGUAAACGCUGGAUAAUCGUAUAAUGCACUACCACUAAGUCCUUGAAGUGUAUCCAACUUCUUUGUGAUGUGCGUGUAGUAAGUUACCUACAUGUGUCUAUGAUGUUUUGCUGUAGUGUGGACGCAUUCUAACACCCUCUGUAAUUUGUAUUUAGUGUACAUUAGCGAAUGUGAUAUGAAUGUGUAUCAGUGGUUUAAAGAAUCUAGCUUAUAAAAAAUUGUAAUACUCUUAACCAGGCUUGGGUGGCUGCUAAGGUGAAGUUACGAUGGCUUUACAAUGCUCUCCAAUCUCCCAAACAAAAGUGACGCAGUUGACACUAACGGUAAAAGAAAGAAAAAAUAACUACUUAUUCAAAAGACAUCUCAGUAUGGUCUACUUCUAAGCGAAAUUAAAAAAAGGAGUCAACCUUAAACAUUCAGCAAAAAGAAUUGUGCGAUAUAUCUUACCACUCGUUACCAGUUUUCCUGAAGUAGUUACUUAACAAGGUGGGUAAGACAUAAAAUGAUUGAUUUGAAAGGAUAAAUAGAUUCAGUAAAGGAAACUGACACACAAAAGAAUUUUAGGGAUACUUUUUCUUGUCCAAGAUCAGGAAAACAACAUUAUGUGCCAACAACUCGCACGCCUCUUGCUUUGAUGUGUUGACAAAAGAAUCAAGUUUAUCAGCAUUAACCAUUGUCUCAUGUCUCCACAUAAAUAGCAAAAUUGCUAAGGCCACACAAUAGUGACCAUCUUAGCCUGGUUAGUUCUGGGGUGAUUGAUACACUCUCUCCAAAGCAAAAUCCCUAGAAAACAGAAUUCACCUUUUAUUCUCUGUAAUGGAGACAAAUUUCAACUCCAUCUCUUCUUCAGACUAUCACUGGGUAGAUACAGAUAUCAGAUGUUUCGGUAAUCGACAUGGCAAUAGUGUUUAAGGUUAUCUUAGCAUAUCAGUCAUCAUGAGUGACAUUUUUCUCUAAACAAUAGCGUAAAGCUGCCAUGUUAUCUGAAAACUGAACAACCCCUCAUGGGGUAUCUAGCAUGUGUACAUCUUUUGAAGUUGCAGUCUUAGCAGCUAAAUGUCAGGCGUUCAGAUUAUUUUUUCAUAUUCAAGUCUCUAUGAAUCCCAUUACUUCCUUUCUAAAUUUUAGGUUUCCCUUGUGGGUAAUCUACAGUUUUAUUUUCAGUUUGCUCCCACACAAUACACUGCCACCUACUGUAUUACCUGCCCUGGCAGGUGGCUGUUAAUAUAAGGCUUUUUAAUCUCACAUGAAUGUACAAACCACAAUUUCUCUUCUUUAAAAUAUGGUGCCAACAAAACCCCACAGCCUCCCUUCUAAACAAUUUUAUCCCAAUGCACCAUUAACCCAAGCAUAACAGAGGAAUGUUGUGAUUACAAUUAUCUUUAAGAGGUGAAACUAAAACAACGCCUGAGGCAAAUCACACCAAAACAGACCUACCACAAUUCUGUAAAUGUGUUGUAAAUAAUAUUCCCAAUACUCAUAUGAAAAACUGCAAAUGACAUUCUAAGCAAAGAUAACUGCCAUUACUUGUGAAAGAAAGGUCUUUCAAAUUAUACCCAUGAUUGCCGAAUGAAGUAACAGUUUAGAUGUCAAGAGUGCUUCCAUAUGUGGGGAGAAGCAAAUCAAGGUGCAUAUGAUGCUGAAAGUUAGAUACCAGAAAUGAUUUGCAAAUGAAAAAUGACGACUUACGCAUCUGAAGGCUUAGGGUUGUCACAAUCCAUAACUGGUUAGAAAUGCAAAUAUAGACUUUAAUAUAAUGGAUACCUUCAAAAUCAAAAUAAUGACCAAACAUGUAGAGCUAAAUAGAAGCUUCAUAUAGCACCAUGGAAUGUUCUAAUAAUGUUUGUCUCCAGGAGAAAAAAACAAGUCAAAUCAAUUAACAUGGUUCAUAUUUGCAUGACUAGUGCUUUGAGAUACACAUGGUAACAUAUAUGUUUGCAUGUACUGUGCACAUACAUAACCAGAGGGCCUUCAGAUUUAGUUAAGAUUCAAAGAAUAGUCUCUGUGCUUUGAAAGAUAUAUUACAAAUAGAAGUAACCACAUGUAACACAAUCAACAACAUAUGAAGUAUGCUAGAGAUAAAAAUAAGUAAGACUGAUCUAUCACAUGCUAAGAAAAGAAUAAACGAGAACACGUGUCAUGUCAAAAAGAGCAUUCAUGACGCUGCGAGCAUCUGCGUAGUGAGCUUUAAGUAGAAUUUAAGAAUGAAUCGCGGUGUAUGAGAGAUGUAUGGUGUGAAUAUGGUGGGAAGUUGACGGGCUACACAGAUGUGACCACACAAAUAGAGGUGCUAUUGAUGUACGUACGUAUAAAUUAGGGCUAAGUUGAAACGCUGUUUGUAGAGACUUUAGGGGAAUAACGGUGUGGAAGGCGCGCAUUAGGUAGGUCUAGGCUUCAGAUGUAGAGGUGGAAAUCGCCCCUUUCAAUAGCCUUAUGUGAUUUUAAAAGUGUGAAAUAGAGUUACACUGUAAGAAUGAUAGUCAGGUGAAAGUAGUGAUCCUGUUCUCAUUUGUUGAGUAUGAUUAAAAAACCUUUAUGUGGUCUGUCCGAAAUGUUUCUGUCCGAAAUGUUCAACUAAGUUAUAAUGAAGAUUCAGUUUUCCGAUUCCACAUUAAUCCAAAUUGCCUUUUCAUUAACUAAAUCUCUGAAGAAACAAAGAAGACAAUUAAUGUAUGGAAAUUAUUUGGUAAAUACUAGAGUAUUUCUUGAGUUUUCUCAUACUGACAAGUGUUAGCAUCAAUGGAUCAAGAAAACGACAACUAAUGAAAAUUGGUCCCUUUGACAUUAAAGACAAAAACAUGAGCAUCAUGCCAGCACAGAAAGGGAGAAACUGGGUAUGUUCAUAUGAUGAAAGUUCAACAUCAGCCCGGAGCCAUUUUUUUCUUGUAACACAUCCUUGACAAGUGACAACACUCAGCAGGAUCUGUUAAUAUGUACGGUGGUUACACAUACCUACUGCCAAUUUUCUAGAGAUAUAAGCUUAGAUAUUAUACCCUACAUCAUAAUAACACUGCCAUGCACGUUUCAUUGUACUUUAUUUGGGCACUUCAAGAAUUGCUGUCAUUGAUGCACAUCCUAUGCAAUACAGCAAUGUCUUCAAUCACCAGUUACUUCCAGAUAUCUGUAUUUGGUGUUAGCUAUAUAGCAUUUUUGAAUCAUAGGCUAAUAGAUGUGAUUUAGAAACUCGGGAUGUAGAAUCAACAUAUUCCAUGGGAGAACACACUCCACUGAGAUCAUCUGUCAGUACUAUAAGUUAUACCCUGCAGGGUGCGAGGCUUCCUGUGAGACAAUCGCAAUAUAUGACGGGUUUACCAAUGUAAACCCGUCAUAACAUAAUCCUCAUAACAGAAGAGAUCUCUUAAGGAACUGCUUGCACAUAACUUCACGCGCGCAUCCUAAUCUUAGAUGUUCUAUCACAGAGAUCCUUCCCGUUACAUUUCUCUAUUUCGGUCCUUUCCCUCGCCUUUGUUCUACAAUCACUAUCUAAUUAGCCUCCCAUGCAAAUGUGCAUGGCCAAUUCACUUGCAUUCUUUACACAGUUAAGAGUGUCAGCACUUGCUCUUGACAUAAAGCUUUAAUUUUUUCAUCAUGUACUCCUUUACUUACAUCUCCAAAGAGUCCCAUCUGUAAGUCAUUUCUCUUCAUAAAUACGCAUUACUUUGACUGUGGAAAUAGCUUUCCAAAGAAUCAUACUAAUAACCAUGUGAAAAGCUUUUCUUGGCUGAGUUUACUUAUUAAUGCUUUUUCUCUCCUUACAAUACUCAGCUGCAUGAUUAUAAACCAGAAUUAUACUAUGGACCAGCUUUUUGUUCCUCAGCUACAUGCAUUUUCUAUUUUUGGAUGCCUUUAAGCUUAAGUAGAAUAUAAACUUAUUCAAGAGAGCAAGAUACAUUACAAAACAUAAUUUGACAUUCCCUAUAAAGGACUUAUAUAUCUAUAACCAAAAAGCUUUAUCUGUAAAAAUUUAAUAAGAACUUAGCCAGUGGUAUGAAGCGCAUGCUGCCAUUACACACGAUGCAAACUCCAAAUCACAAUUAAGAACUAAAUCUCCAUCACUUCGGAUACGAAAUUUCCCAUGAAAGACACAUCAUCAAAUGGAAGAUACACUGUUCACUGACAGACUUACGAUUCUUCAACUUGUUGGACUAAAAUUGAAGGACCACACAACUCUACUACUGUAUAUCCCGACAUUAGGUUUGCUUGCAGGGCUUAUCAACUUGCCAGAGUAGUAGAAGCCUAAAAUACAGUCAAGCUUACAGACACCUCCGUCAAAUCUUAUAGAAACAUUCCAAAAUACUUUCACUAUUCUUACAGCCUGGUGAAUGACUUGCUCUGAAUUAUACACGUAGCCUCUUUACUAAACUCAUUUCAUCUCUGUGCAGUUUUAGUAGAUGCACAUACAUUAUCCCUCAAAUGUGUUAAAUUAUUACCAAGCCCUUGGGAUCUAUUAGUUUUUCAACACCGCUGGACUCCACCACCCUGAGUGUCUCCAACCUUACUUGCUUUUGAUUCGCGACCCCAUUAAUCCUGGCAGUAAAUUCUAAUCGAGACUGAGCAGCCAGCAGUAGGCCUUACGUUCCUAUAGGCAUCAUCAUCAUGUCUUUCAUAGAAAGAUUAUCAUUCUGCAAAACAUUCAGACCUUCUGCUCUUGACAGACUGAUUUCAAUCUCAAAGUUGGAUCACCUAAAUCAUUUUGGCGUUAAAAAAGGAAAACAGAUUUCCCUAUGGUCUUCAAAAUAAUUACUCUCUCCCGCCCAACAUCCAGUAUCAAAAUGAGUCUUAAGACUAGCCGUAGAGAACAUUAUGAAGAAAUUCAAAUAAACAUAUUGACAAGUAGAUUGUUGUAUCGCCAACUGUCUUUUGUACGCUUGGCAUGUGAGACAUCUGCCUUACUGUAACAGUUCCUCUUAAGCACAGACAUCAUUCACCUUUCACCUACACAGCUUACCUUCGUUUUUACUCGAGCCAAUUUCAACUUCCAUUGAGAGUAGCACUCCCGAAUUAUAAUCAUUCAUACACUUCAGUUUAAAGACUUCAAAGGAUGAAAGGUUUACAGGCAACUCUCCAGCUGAAGAUUGUGAUUCUAGCUCACCGCGAAGACUGUGACGUCUACAAAGUUGUGCUUGAGGAUUGCCGGCCAUUGAGGGUUCUUUCUGGCCGUUGUUCUCCUUCAUGGCCAUAUGCUCAAUCUGCAUCCCAUUAAUGGAGCAAUUUAUUUGUCACUGUGUCAUUCACUGUAUGUUGCUGUUGUCGAUGUUUUAAUGUAUCUUCCACAAUUGUCUGGGAAAUAACCAGCCACGUUUGCACAUCUGAAUGAUUGGACAAGCACAAACAUUGACGUUUUAUUCUAUAGUCUAUCAAGUUCUAGUCACAUUAAAAGCUUAUGAUGCAAAAUUCCAAGUUGGAAAUGUGGGGUUUUUCCUAAACAUAAUAAUUAAUGUUGAAUAAUAAGAUGUCUUUCAACCAAACUCUUCGCAUGCUGCUUUCCAUGAAACUCGGUUAAACUUCUCUCUUGAUGUCACCAUAGCAUUUGAAAGCCAACUGAGAGAGAUGAAACUAGACAACUGUAGGUCCAGUUUACUAAUAUAUAUAUAUAUAUACUUUAGGCUGUCCUUAACAAAUAGCAGCAAACAUUAUACAAGACUGUGUUCCCUAUUCGAGUUUACAACUUACUUUCAUCUAGACCUCCUCAACAGAAUAAACAGUAAAACGUUCCACUUCCACCAGUCACAGAAACAAAUGUGUCUACUACACACACAAACAAAUAGGCACACACAUUCAAACAUCAUAACAUUGUAAAUUAGAGUACGUCGAGUUUAAAAACAUAAGAGCUCUUAAAGGUAAACAGGUUAACUUUUAAUCAAACCAAAUAAAUGAAUAACUUAAGAAAUGUGGAAGAAAUGUCCUCAGUCCAACCAAAACUUGCUCCUCAAAUGCCAGUACGUGUUUGCGCUAAUUGGAAUCAUUAUUCUUCCUAAACAUGCAAUGUUCAGGAAAUUCGGUAACGUGGUACUUGGCAGCUGAGCACUAUCCUUUAAAAAUGUGGGUUACACGAACACACGUCUACAGAUGUAUACAGUAUUCACAAUGCAUAUAUUGAAAUACAAAGAAUUCAUAUGUAAUAGCUGUUGCAUGAGAGACAGCCGAUAUUGUUUACAUUGAAUUCAUUACAUUGUGCACGGAAAAGGCGGGUGUAGGUAUACAGCAUGCAAGA